GAAUAAAUAAAUAAAAAAUUAUAAAGAAAAAGAAAAAGGAGAAAGUAGCUGUCGCUCAAAAUAAACCAAGCAGUGCCACCUCAAGUUGUUCCCUGCUAUCCGUCGUCGCAACCGCCACUUCCGUCGCCGGAAUCCUCCGCACUCUCUUCGCCGCCGGAGAAUAUUUGAUUGGCAAUCCUAUACUUAUUAGUCAAGUUUUAGAAUACAGAGAAGCUUCAAUGGCCAAGAAACCAAGACAAAGAUCCAGUAAAUUAUCUGUGUACCUUUACAUUCCUAAUAUAAUUGGAUACAUCCGGGUUCUCUUAAACUGUUUUGCCUUCUCCCAAUGUUUAACAAACAAAAUCUUAUUCUCCUUUCUCUAUUUUUUAAGCUUUGUAUGUGAUGCUGUUGAUGGCUGGUGUGCCCGCAAAUUCAAUCAAGUGUCAACCUUUGGAGCUGUACUGGACAUGGUAACAGACAGAAUUAGCACUGCUUGUCUACUUGUUGUUCUUUCCCAACUAUACAAGCCUGGCCUUAUCUUCUUGUCAUUGCUUGCUUUAGAUAUUGCCAGCCACUGGCUGCAAAUGUACAGCACUUUCUUGACGGGCAAGGCUAGUCAUAAAGAUGUAAAAGACAGCAGCAGCUGGCUUUUCAGGGCAUACUAUGGAAAUAGGAUGUUUAUGGCUUACUGUUGUGUUUCAUGUGAGGUUCUUUACCUAAUCCUGUUUUAUCUUUCGGAGAAUCAAUCAGAGAAAUUGCUGGAUGUUAUAUCAAGUAAUUUGCAAAAGAUAUCAUUUCUCUCUCUCCUAAUGGGUACUAGUAUAUUUGGAUGGGCAGUCAAGCAAAUUAUAAAUUUUAUUCAGAUGAAGACGGCAGCAGAUGUGUGUGUGCUUUAUGACAUCGACAAAAAACAUAACCACUGAUGUUUCUUUCACGACCAGAAUCCCUUGCUGUUGUCUUUCAGUACCAAGUUUUGCGCUCAAACAUUAAUACGAAUUAUCCUACAUGGCAGUUGAACUUGAAUUGUUUAGUUUUCUAUCAUUUCUAAUGAGAGAAACAGAACAUACUGAACUAAAGAAUCUACCUUUCCAUGUAGCAAAAAGAUUCAUUCUGUAUUACAAGGUUCAGUGUUUUUUAGUUUACUCGCUGUUAAUCACGCUAUGUCGCUACUAGAAAUUUAUUCGGUUCUGAAAUUCCAAAUCCCUUUAUGGGAAUAGGAUUGGCUGAUUGUGAACUUAUAUUCUGUCUCUUGGGUUGGAUGACGUGGGGGUGUAUAAACAACUUUAUGACAGCUGAACCAUUCAUUCAUAUCGUGCAUCAUUUCAUAUAAAACUCCCAAGAUAUUGUUCUA